AUGUCUUUCCGAGGCGGAGGUCGUGGAGGCUUUAAUCGGGGUGGCGGCGGCGGCAGCUUCAGUCGUGGCGGCAGCAAUAACCAUUUCCGAGGUGGAGGCGGCGGCGGCAAUUUCCGAGGCGGCGGUGGCGGUGGCGGUGGCGGCGGCAGAGGUGGAUUUGGACGCGGGGGUGGCCGUGGAGGCUUUAACAAAUUUCAAGACCAAGGACCCCCAGAACGUGUGGUUUUGUUAGGAGAAUUCAUGCACCCCUGUGAAGAUGACCUCAUUUGUAAAUGUGUUACUGAAGAAAACAAAGUGCCUUACUUCAAUGCUCCUGUUUAUUUGGAAAACAAAGAACAAAUUGGAAAAGUGGAUGAAAUAUUUGGACAACUUAGAGAUUUUUAUUUUUCAGUUAAAUUGUCAGAAAACAUGAAGGCAUCGUCCUUUAAAAAGCUACAGAAGUUUUAUAUAGACCCAUUUAAGCUGCUGCCACUGCAGAGGUUUUUACCCCGACCUCCCGGUGAGAAAGGAACCCCAAGAGGCGGUGGCAGAGGAGGUCGAGGAGGAAGAGGAGGAGGAAGAGGUGGAGGAGGAGUAAGAGGCGGUGGUAGAGGUGGUGGGUUUAGAGGUGGAAGAGGAGGAGGUGGAGGCUUCAGAGGAGGAAGAGGUGGUUUCAGAGCAACUCUUGAAGAACUGGUCAUUUUGAGACAGAACUACAGUGUCAAUAUCAUGCAGUAA